AUGCCCCGCCCCCGGCAUCUGACACCCGUGACCGCGACGUGCCGCCGCCACGCGGUCGCUCUCGUUCUCGCAGCCCAGCGGCACGCAGCAACGGCUACAAGAGUCCCUACCGCCGCAAGUCUCCCCCUCCCAGACGCCCUCCGCAUGCUCCAAUUGUAUGGUGCGCCCGAACCGUCGGCGGUGCUGGGUGUGUUUGGCCUCAGUAUCCGAACGCAAGAACGUGACUUGGACGAUGAGUUCAGUCGCUUUGGAAGAGUUGAAAAGGUUACGAUCGUUUACGACCAGAGGUCUGACCGUUCCCGCGGAUUUGGUUUCAUCAAGAUGAGUAGCACGGAGGAGGCAACACGUUGCAUUCAAGAGCUCAAUGGAGUUGAGUUAAACGGCCGCCGCAUCCGUGUGGACUAUUCGAUUACUGAUCGUCCGCAUGCACCAACUCCGGGUGAAUACAUGGGCCACCGUCGUUCUUACAGGGACACCUAUUCUGGCCGUGACUCCUACCGUGACUCUUACCGCGAUUCAUACCGCGACCGCGACCACCGUCGCCAUGAUCGUGACAGGGACCGGGAUCCCUAUGGUCGCGACAGUCGUGACUGGCGUGACCGUCGCAGUCCCGCACCUCGUAGUGGACGUUACUCACCUGAUUAUAGGAGACGCAGAAGCUACUCGAAGAGCCCUCCGAGGGGCAGCAGCCCUCGCAAGGAUUUUGACGGCCCGACGGGCAAUGGAGCUUCCAGCUCUUCCAACCAGGAAAAUGGUGGCCGUUGGUGAAGCAUAGGAUCUUGUCACAAGGGCGCAAGAGGUGCAUGCUCAAGGAUUUUUAAAAAUGGUUCAUGACGGCCGAGUGGCAGCAGACUUCAAGUUUUGCAAAUUUCUUCCAUUGUUUGUCUGAAGAUGCGAGCGCCUCGUCUUCGAUACACAAAAAUCAAGUCUCAAGUAUUUGUUCGUGAUCGACUGUUGCUUGUAUUCCGUUCCGUCCCCCAAUAUCGUGUCGCUGUUAUGUUUUGUUACCUCUACCAAGUGUUGAAGACUCCCUGGCAAGCUGACCAUUUGUCGGUAAUGCAAGCGUGAAGGCUGGCGAACAUCCAUUUAGCAAGGGUGGCAAGCUCCGCUGGUCGUGAAAUGAAGCAGAAGG